CCAUAACAGAAAAGAGCGGAGACACAAAGCAUCAAGACUCCUGCAGGAACGGGCUCGGUUGGUUCUUCACCUAGAUCAUACUCAACAUUUCUCAGUCGUUUAUAGGAUGGCGUAGAGAACCAGCAUAUGUCCCAAACAAGCAGUACCGCCUUGGCGUAGAUUCCUGUCACACGAACCUGGACGCAUGGUGUUUCCGAAGAUACGAUUGCACUGUUCGCGAAUGACUGUUCCACACACAGUGGCUCUUCUGGCAGCUAUCAUCGGCCUGCAAACAUUUCGUUCCGAGCUUCUGAUGGAAAUCAUCACACCCCCAGUCCAUAUCCAGCAAGACUAUAACCCUAUGCAGGUAUGGUUAAACACAGCAACGGACCAGCAGCCAUAUCGCAAUGUUGGCUCACUUGUGGGGUUAGGCACAAGAGAAGGAUUCGGCGAUAUCGAGUUAGAAGUUGGAAAGGGGACCGGAGAUUGGUGGAGCACAGCGUACUUCGAUAUGGGAAACUAAAUGGGGACAUGGUCGCUUCGAGAUAACCUCUCAGAUGAGACAGACGGGCGGUCCCCGCAAUUUUUUGCAAUGUGGGAAGGGUUGUGUCUGGGUAUCAUCGUU